CGCAAGCUAUCGGGUGUGAGUUUUGCUUCUCGGAUCAGCUUUGGAAUAAUCUUAUCAACAUGAAGUUUUGCAUUGUCCUGCUAACCGUAGUGGCGGUCGUCUGCGCCGAAGAGAUGGCCUCCGAGUCGAUGAAGAGCAAGCGUGGCCUGAGCCUGAGCCUGGGUUACCACGCGUCGCCGCUGGUGUCGCACUCGUACGUCGCUCCGGCUCCAUAUAUUGCCCACUCGGCUCCACUGGUGGCCGCGGCUCCCGUCUAUCACGCACCCAUCGCCAAGACCUACGUUGCUCAUGCACCGAUCGUGCAUCACGGCUACCACGCCUACCACGCCCCGGCCGUCGCCGUUGCCCAUGCUCCGGUUGCCUACGCUCACGCUCCCCUCUAUAGUGCUUUCCAUCGUCGCUAGGCGGCAUCGGGCGACUGCUAGGAUUAUAAGUGACGUUUGGGGCAGAACCCUUUGAUUUAGGUUAGAACUUAAGUUCGUUAGUCAUAAUUCGUAAAAAGUGUGUGUGUAACGAUUUUUUCGGAACAUGUUGUGAACAAAAUUGUUUUUGGGAAAUACAAGCGAAAAUA